AUGGGUAAAAUCUCGAUAGAUACACCUCCUGAAAAGGACUGGAUCACGUUGGACAGUGGUCAGGUUCGAGAAGGACUAGGCCUCAUGUCAUCCAGGAUAUCUGAACGGCUCAAUCUGAUUGACCGAAUCCGCGCGAAUGGUGUUGGAGACCAUGUCGCUUUGCCACAACUGGUUGUGUGUGGUGAUCAAUCCGCAGGAAAAAGCUCAGUAUUGGAAGGAAUCAGCGGAAUUCCGUUCCCGCGACAAGACGGAGUUUGUACGCGCUUCGCGACGGAGAUUAUCCUUCGCCAUGAGCCGAAGAAUCGUCGCAACACCGCGACGAUUAUUCCUCAUCUGAGUCGCACGGAAGAUGAAAAGACCAGGUUGAGUGCCUUCCGCCGAGAGGUCAGUAAUCUUGCAGAUUUGCCAACCAUCAUCGCCGAGGCUUCAAGCCUGAUGGGAGUCGAAGGAGGCGGGGAGUUAGGCGACGGCCCAACUUUUUCGGCGGAUGUGCUUCGGUUGGAGGUGGUCGGAGACACCGGCUUACAUCUGACCCUGGUAGACCUUCCUGGCCUAAUAUCCGUUUCCGAGAAUGAGCAUGAUUUGCAACUUGUUGGAGAUCUUGUUGACUCGUACCUGGAAAACUCGCGGACCAUCAUACUUGCUGUUGUCCCCGCCAGCAGCGAUGUGGACACACAAAGCAUCAUCCAGCGCGCUCGCCGUUACGACAAGGAGGGGUUGCGAACAGUGGGAAUAAUCACCAAACCUGAUUUGAUCAACGAUGGUACCGAAAGACGAGUUGCAAGAUUAGCAAAGAACGCAGACCGGACAAGGUUGAAGCUUGGCUUUUUCCUCGUCAAAAACCCACCGCCUGCUGACCUGGAGAAGGGUAUAACAACGCUUGAGCGACGGAAGGCGGAAAAGGAAUUUUUUGCCAAUGCUCCGUGGAUUGGUCUUGGCCUUGACCCUUCACGUGUCGGUGGAGACAAUCUUCGGGUCUUUUUGCAGGACCUUCUAGAUCGACACAUUGAGCGCGAACUACCGAAGGUUCGGAAAGAUGUCGCACAACUUCUCGAUGAGAUCCACAACGAACUAGAAGAGCUUGGAACAGAACGAAUCACUCCGGCACAGAUACGUAUGUAUCUAACGCGUAUUAGUGCAAGUUUUCAGAACCUUGUGAAAGACGGAGUUGAAGGAAACUAUGGUACCCGAGAUGGAUUCUUCGAUGAAAUCCACGACGAUACACAACACCACCGCCUCCGCGCUGCUGUUCACAAGGAGAACGGGAAGUUUGCCAGUUACAUGAGGCAACACGGGCAGAAGCGCAAAGUAGUUGCGACCGAAAUCGAGGAUGGCGACCAUGGAGAAGCUGACCAGCUUCUCGUGACCGAGGAGGAGAUGUCAACUUGGAUCCGGAAGAUAUAUAAUCGUACCCGUGGCCGUGAGCUGCCUGGCAAUUAUAACCAUGCUCUGCUAGCUGAACUGUUCCAUGAACAAUCAUCACGGUGGGGGCAUGUUGCUCGUACCCAUGUCACUACGAUCGCAGACUUGGUCUUCCAAUUCAUCAAGUCAGUUGCGACUUUCGUGAUUAAAGAUGGCAGCACUAGGGACAAACUCGUCAGUGACAUCGCUUUCAAAUUGGAAAGUAAUGCCCAGGACGCGUGCCGCGAACUGGAUAAGUUAUUAGCUGAUGAGGCUGGAAGCCCCAUAACUUACAACCAUUACUAUACCGAUAAUGUCCAAAAGGCUAGGGACGGUCGUUCUAGGCAGAACCUUCAUAUGUCGUUGAACAGGGCCAUUGAAGAGGACUGGAAUGGACGCUUCCACGUCAGCAAUUCGUCAGAUGAGAUCAGUCGUCUUGCGGCAUCUCUUCAGCACCAUGGUGUUGUUGUUAACAUGGAGGAGCGAGCUUGCCAAGAAGCACGAACUGAUCUGGAUGCCUACUAUAAGGUCGCUAUGAAGACCUUUGUCGACAAUGUGUGUCGCCAAGUUGUCGAGAGACAUAUUCUUGGCCAGCUAUCGACCGUAUUUGACCCCAUGGCGGUCAGUGAGUUUUCAGAUGACACCCUUUUCCGGUUGGCUGCCGAAUCCCAAAGUUUGAGGAAGCGCCGUGCUGAAGCAGGCCAACUACGAGAGGCAUUGGAGGCCAGCCUUCAUGAGUUGCGUUGA